AAUCUCUAUGACGUCAUACUUCCGGGGUGAUGGCGCGAUAGAUCAAAGUCCAAAUCUUCUCAAAAAAUGGACUCGAAGCUUUUUAAAAAGCUUGAGACAUGUAACGCGGAACAAAACUGGGAAAAUGUACGAGAUGUAGUAGCCGUUCAGCUGUUGGGAGGAAACAUUUUUCCAGUACCAUUCCUGAGAGAAGCCACCCAUUUUGAUAUUGGCCACGUUAUGCUGAAGGGCAAACGGACAAGAAUGGAGAAACUGACGGGUGUAAUGACGUCAUCACUUCCGGUUGGACAGCUGUCACAGUUUGUCACUGUUGACCCUGAUCGAGACCUUAUGCAAAGACUUGGGAAUGUCAGGAAAGAACAAGAACUGAAACUGAACCAAGCUUACGAGUUUCACGAAUCCGAUAUGAAACAUGGUGUGAAAAAGACGCUGACAGUGCAACUCUGGGGCUGUGAGAAAUGGGCAAUGGAAUUCGCCCCUAAACCAGGAGAACUCGUGGUCGACUUCCUCAAAAAUGGAUAUAAAAACAUAGACCGGAUAUAUCUGAUAACAGAAGUGUUUUACGUCUCAGACGCCAAAAUUCACGUUUCUAUUGGAAAUGAGGAAGAUGAAUAUUUGAUCAAGGGACAAAUUCCAAUAGGAUUUUCUCUGGUUCGUUACAAUCUUCUGCCUGACGGUACACUCGGCCCCUGCAAGAAGAAGAAGCCUGGUUCCUGGUGCGCACGAUGGAUUAGACAUUUGGCACGAGACAAAAACGACCCCUUUCCAUUCGACCCGUUUCAGGCACACGGGGUCAUCAAUGGGGAUAACUCGAAAGCCAAGAGUGCCAAUAGCAAAGAUGUACUGAAAUGUCAUACUUCGGAAGAAAUCUAUGAAACGCCCCAUCAGCACUCGAUGUGAAUGAAUUAUUACUUUAACCAUUCAAUUUUCCAUUUUCUUACUUUGAAUAUCUAUGAACUUUGAACAAUUCUUUUUUAUCCUUUCAGGAGAGUAAAGUGUAACAGGCUGUGAUAGUUUUACUGAAAAUAAACGAAAUGUUAACCGCU